CCCAGCAGCCUCGCAGCCCCGGGCUUCACCUGUUCGCAUGCACAUUUCUUCCCCUUUUUUUUCACUUGGGAUUGCCUUCCAUCGCCCCAUGAUAAUGACCCAAACCCUCAUGCCUUUAACAAUGCUGUCGUACGCGGGCUGCAGCUUGCUGAUCCUCUCCGCGUCUCUCGCCGGUGCUUCCCUGGCCGAGAUGGUGUUCCGCUGCCCGGGCUGCACCGCGGAGCGCCAGGCUCUGUGCCCGAGGCUCACCGAGACUUGCGCGGAGAUAGUGCGCGAACCGGGCUGCGGGUGUUGCCCCGUGUGCGCCCAGCAAGAUACCGAGAUGUGCGGCGUGUACACUCCGAGGUGCGCCACCGGUCUGCGGUGCUACCCGACGCCCGACUCGGAGGUUCCUUUGGAGCAACUGGUGCAGGGCCAGGGCCAGUGCCGGCGCAAAGUGGACCCCGAGACCGCCACUCACAGCCAGGAGCAGCGGGAGCAGACCAGCGGUGAGGCUGUGGAGCCGCUGCCUGAGCAGGGUGUGAGUGAGGUCCCGGCCAUCAGGAAGCCCAGCAAAGAGACCACCUGGCUUGGGCCCAAAGAGAGCGCUGUACGCCAGCACAGACAGGAGAUGAAGACUAAGAUGAAGACCAACAAGGUGGAGGAGGUGAAGCCUGCACGGCCCAAACAGACUCAGUGUCAGCAGGAUCUGGACCAGAUCCUGGAGAGGAUAUCUAAGAUGCCCUUCAGAGAUAACCGAGGGCCCCUGGAAGACCUGUACGCCCUGCACAUCCCCAACUGCGACAAGAGGGGGCAGUAUAACCUCAAACAGUGCAAGAUGUCCCUCCACGGUCAGAGGGGCGAGUGCUGGUGCGUCAACCCGCACACCGGCCGAACUAUCCCAUCAGCCCCCACUGUGAGGGGAGACCCCAACUGCAGCCAGUACCUCAGAGACCUGGAGCUGGAGCUGGAGACCCCUGACAUGGCCCAGAUAUAAUGUGGCAUGAAACAAAAAAACUGUUAAGUACUUGGGAACAAAAAACCUCUGAGUAAGCUAUAUAUUAUAUUCGUGUGUGUGUGUGUGUGCCUGUAGUUCAUUUGAUGACAGUGACGUUUGAAAUAUUAACCAUCAAAAAAGUCUUAGAAUCCAGUUUGCUGAGUAGGAUGUAACGGGAGAUAAGACUCUCUUUUCCUCGUAGAUGUUCAGAGUGUUGGUAGCUUUACUAAUUAUUGCUCAGUUUUUUUUGUUAUCAAUGUUUUUUACUGUAUGUGUUGAAAAACGAGGAGCCUUCAACAUGUUUGGUGUUUUUAGGUGUGUUUUCAUGUCCUAGUUUGCAGACUACUGUUACACCUUAUUAACAGAUGAUGCUAUUAAAAAGGUAAUAAAUUCAAAUUGGGCCUGCCUGUGUUUUGAUUUGUAAACACACUUUGAAUUUGGCACACUCGAUGCAGUAGUAUUUGUAUUAAUGUAAAGGAAAGAAAAACUUUUCAUACAUUUCGUAGUCUGUUCACCUGCUUUUUCUCACUUUUUUAGACUUUCUAGUGUGAUGCCAAAGUAGAAAAAUCAAGUGGGAAUUCGCAUUAUAUUAGAAUUUAAAUCACAUUUAUUGAUGAUAAAGCCAAAAUAAAUCAUACCCUCUAUGGGUUUGAUUAAAAAAACAUGUUUGCUAGACCCCUAUGAGUUAUAUCAUGGCAACCAGUAUCGCCAUGACAGCAGAUGGAAACACCCUCGUGGAGUAUCACCUAUGUGUCUUAAGCAGUAUCAAGGUCGUGCAGAUAGCAGUCACAAAAUACACUGACUCAACAAUUCACACAUUGAAGACAAAACUGCUGACAUGGCUUUGUUGUGACUACAUGAACUUUAUUUAAAUAGUGAUUUGUCAUUACAAAAAAAUAAAACGAGUACAUCAAUUACACGCCUGAUAAAUAUUUCACCAUAAAUGUUCACAUUUCUUUUUUUUAACUGAGAUUCUUAAAUGUUCAAAGUGUCACCGUGAUGCGUUUACAUGAGUGCUAGAGUCAUGAUACAGUGGGGAAGAAUAAGCUGAUGACACAACGCUCUCCUUAUGUCACAAUAUAAUGAUUAGGCAUUAGGAAUGUCUGAGAUUAUACGAGUCAAUAAAUGAACAUUAAGAUUAUAACAAAUAAAUGUUGAGCUGUAGAACGAAAAUGUUGUCCCCUGUCAUUGUACGUUUCUUUUUGUGUUAAAAAUAAAACUCAAACACGGCACAUACACUUCAAAUUGUUUACCUCCUUUGUACUGGCCCUGAUUCGACAACACAAUCGGGACCACACGCAAAUACAAUUCAAAGUGGCGUAGGGCAGAAGGCACUUUAAUUUCCAUACAAACUCAGCAACCUCGCUCUUAACAGGAUACAGGAGCCGAUAAAGACCGAGAGCAGACUUACAACCUGCAGGCGGAAACACAAACAGCGCGUGGGCCUUUGCAUACGAUUUGUGUGCGGAGGGAAAUGCUCGGCACCACGUUUUGUCCGACAGUAGCUCAAGUGAGAAAUGAAGUUUCUUUGUAUUUGAGGACUAUAAGGACAUGGCACAUUAGGUACACACAUACAGACACAAUUUGUACACACAUUUACAAAGAGUGGAUGCAGUUGUCUGGACGGCCAAAUAUCUAACCUGUUAAAGAACAAUAUGCUUGUU